ACAGGUGUGGUAUUAAUUGUCAGGCGUGUUUAAAGAAUACCAAAAAGGUAGCCAUCCUACAGAAUCAACUACGUUCUGCUGUCAUUCAGGACACAUUAUGCAUCUACAUAAGAUGGACUGGAAACUACAUUUCUGGAAGUGCAAUUUUAUUUUGCUGCCUAUUGUAAUACUACUUUUUUAUUUUCAAGUUGCAGAAUGUAACGAAGGCAUGAAUGAAAUAUCAUUGAAGAAACAAGAUUUGCCAGAUAUGGAGUUGAUUGAUCGAGAUUGUAAUUGCUCAUUAAAUGAGAUUUAUGACAUGGAACUUGCAAAUGAAAUCCACCAACUAGGUCAAGGCAUGACUCCGCCAGAUGAAGUAACACUCCAAUUUUUUAUCAACUUUACUGUCACCAGCCAGGUGUACAAUCAAAGUCUUCCAUCCACAAGGAAUACCAUCCUUAAAAAUAUUACUUCUAUGGUUUCCCAGGCCUUUAUGACCAGCAGCAUCUCUGAGACAUUUUUAGGUUGUCCAUAUGGCAAAUUGAGCCCUGACCAGGGAAAGAUAGACGUAUACAUAAUCUGUGACUUCAGUAAUAAUACGCUGACAUUGCUAGUCAACAGAGUGACCGUCUACAGGGUGCUGAAGCAGGUCACCAGCAAUGUCACCUCCUUGGGACCCUACAGUAUAGCCAGAGACAGCCUUUAUGUCAAUGGUUACCAUGAGUUAGAGACUUCACCUGAAAUACAAAUGUUGCCUUUCACCAUCAACUUUACCCUAAACAACCUGCAGUUUAAUCAACGUCUUUCAUCUACAGUCGAUCCUAUUAACCAGGAUAUCACAUCUCUGGUUUCUCAGGCACUCCUGACUGGCAGUUACGCUCCAGGAUUCUCCAAAUGUCAGCCUGCGUCCCUCAGUUCUGACCCAGCAGGGACAGCCGUGUACCUUACCUGUAACUUCGUGAAUAUGACAUCAACACCACCCAUUAACAGAGUGAAGAUCUACAGGGAGCUAAAGCAAAAUACCAACAGUGGCUCCUCCUUAGGAUCUUACGUCAUGGCCAAGGACAGCCUCUAUGUCAAUGGGUAUCGUGAGCUAGAAACUCCUCUCCCCCCUCCAAUGCUCAGCUUCUUCAUCAACUUUACACUCACCAACCUGAUGUUUAAUCAGAGUCUUUCCUCUGAAAGCAGCCCUAUCAACCUCGAGCUGGUGUCCCUGGUUUCUCAGGCACUCCUGACUAGCAGUUACGCUCCAGGAUUCUCCAAAUGUCAGCCUGCGUCCCUCAGUUCUGACCCAGCAGGGACAGCCGUCUACCUUACCUGUAACUUCGUGAAUAUGACAUCAACAUCACCCAUUAACAGAGUGACGAUCUACAGGGAGCUAAAGCAAAAUACCAACAAUGGCUCCUCCUUAGGAUCUUACGUCAUGGCCAAGGACAGCCUCUAUGUCAAUGGGUAUCGUGAGCUAGAAACUCCUCUCCCCCCUCCAAUGCUCAACUUCUUCAUCAACUUUACACUCACCAACCUGAUGUUUAAUCAGAGUCUUUCCUCUGAAAGCAGCCCUAUCAACCUCGAGCUGGGGUCCUUGGUUUCUCAGGCACUCCUGACUGGCAGUUACGCUCCAGCAUUCUCCAAAUGUCAGCCUGCGUCCCUCAGUUCUGACCCGGCAGGGACAGCCGUCUACCUUACCUGUAACUUCGUGAAUAUGACAUCAACACCACCCAUUAACAGAGUGACGAUCUACAGGGAGCUAAAGCAAAAUACCAACAGUGGCUCCUCCUUAGGAUCUUACGUCAUGGCCAAGGACAGCCUCUAUGUCAAUGGGUAUCGUGAGCUAGAAACUCCUCUCCCCCCUCCAAUGCUCAACUUCUUCAUCAACUUUACACUCACCAACCUGAUGUUUAAUCAGAGUCUUUCCUCUGAAAGCAGCCCUAUCAACCACGAGCUGGGGUCCCUGGUUUCUCAGGCACUCCUGACUGGCAGUUACGCUCCAGCAUUCUCCAAAUGUCAGCCUGCGUCCCUCAGUUCUGACCCGGCAGGGACAGCCGUGUACCUUACCUGUAACUUCGUGAAUAUGACAUCAACACCACCCAUUAACAGAGUGACGAUCUACAGGGAGCUAAAGCAAAAUACCAACAGUGGCUCCUCCUUAGGAUCUUACGUCAUGGCCAAGGACAGCCUCUAUGUCAAUGGGUAUCGUGAGCUAGAAACUCCUCUCCCCCCUCCAAUGCUCAGCUUCUUCAUCAACUUUACACUCACCAACCUGAUAUUUAAUCAGAGUCUUUCCUCUGAAAGCAACCCUAUCAACCACGAGCUGGGGUCCUUGGUUUCUCAGGCACUCCUGACAGGCAGUUACGCUCCAGCAUUCUCCAAAUGUCAGCCUGCGUCCCUCAGUUCUGACCCGGCAGGGACAGCCGUGUACCUUACCUGUAACUUCGUGAAUAUGACAUCAACAUCACCCAUUAACAGAGUGACGAUCUACAGGGAGCUAAAGCAAAAUACCAACAGUGGCUCCUCCUUAGGAUCUUACGUCAUGGCCAAGGACAGCCUCUAUGUCAAUGGGUAUCGUGAGCUAGAAACUCCUCUACCCCCUCCAAUGCUCAACUUCUUCAUCAACUUUACACUCACCAACCUGAGAUUUAAUCAGAGUCUUUCCUCUGAAAGCAGCCCUAUCAACCACGAGCUGGUGUCCCUGGUUUGUCAGGCACUCCUGACUGGCAGUUACGCUCCAGCAUUCUCCAAAUGUCAGCCUGCGUCCCUCAGUUCUGACCCGGCAGGGACAGCCGUGUACCUUACCUGUAACUUCGUGAAUAUGACAUCAACACCACCCAUUAACAGAGUGACGAUCUACAGGGAGCUAAAGCAAAAUACCAACAGUGGCUCCUCCUUAGGAUCUUACGUCAUGGCCAAGGACAGCCUCUAUGUCAAUGGGUAUCGUGAACUAGAAACUCCUCUCCCCCCUCCAAUGCUCAACUUCUUCAUCAACUUUACACUCACCAACCUGAUGUUUAAUCAGAGUCUUUCCUCUGAAAGCAACCCUAUCAACCACGAGGUGGUGUCCCUGGUGUCGCAUGCUUUUCUCUCAGGAAGUAUAAGUUCGAAAUUCUCUGGGUGUCAACCUGCCUCCUUCAGUUCUGACCCUAGAGGAACAGCAGUGUAUCUUAUGUGCAGCUUUAGGAACGACACCUCAAUGCCACCUAUUGACAGAGUGACCGUCUAUAGAGAGCUGAAGCAAAGUGCCAAUAACUACACCUCCUUGGGGCCUUACUCCAUGGCAAGUGGCAGCCUCUAUGUCAACGGAUACCAUGUGGCAGAAACAUCGCCAGACUCACGUUAUCAAGAUGCUACCCUGGCGCCUUCUCCAACCAACACAUAUACAGUCAACUUCACCAUUACAAAUGUGGCAUUUGUAGAUGCCCUGUUAAAUCCUCAGGCCGAAGAGUAUAAGUACUUGACUUCCUCACUCGAGAUCCUGACAGGGCAAAUCUUCAACAGCAGUCAGUUACAAAAUAACUAUGAGGGUUGUCAUAUUGUGCUAUACAGUCCUACAGAAUAUCCGGAUGAAACAAAAGUAAAUAUGGUAUGUGACUUCAGGAUUAGCACUUCAAGGGAACUUACACAGAAGGUUCUUGCAUUUAAAAUUUUCAGGGAAGCCACAAACAACAUCACUACUCUGGGUCCCUACACCCUCGAUCACAAUAGCCUGUAUGUUGAUGGCUAUAAUGAGGUCUAUGAUGAUGUCAGCACUGCUUCUGUCUUUCUGCCUACAAUACUUCCACAAAUCAGCAACCCUGGUGACGCCGGCUACAGCCUUGAUUUCACUAUUUUCAAUCGGAAUUACACUGCUGAUCUGGAUAACCCAAAAUCCCCUUACUACACUCAGCUUGUGUACAACAUAACCUCCAUGCUUGAGGCCUUAUAUGAGAAAAGUACUCUGGGUGGUAGUCUCCGUUACUGUUAUGUGAGUUCCCUGAGCCCUAACCCUGGACAUGGCGUGCAUGUGAGCAGUGUGUGUGUCUUCAGACCCACAACAGGCAUCGACAGCGACACAGUAAUGAACCAAUUUGCAAAAGGGACAGGCGGUUUAGAAGAGCUGGGUGAUCUUUACGAGCUACAGGAUAGGAGAUCAAAUAUGAAGGGAGGAGACAACAGAGACCUCAUUCAGAAGAGAUUUCCCUUUUGGGCCAUCGGGCUCCUUUGCCUGGGAGCUUUACUAGUCAUUGCCAUGUGCUGGCUCUGUCUUCUCCUAGUUAAACUGUGGAGACGGCGUCAGAUAUCGGGCCUCUAUGAUGUGUUAAAUUUACCUUAUGGAGAAUACUACACUCACCUUAAAUAAUCUGGAGACCUCUCAGCAAGAGACACACACACCAGAGGAAGGAAAAUAGCGUGGCUUCACCUGGAAAGCUGUCUCUUUGUUUUGUGACAUUCAUUGUAAUUAAUACUGCAACCUUUUUUUACAAACUUUUGUUUCACCAAGCCACGUGAAACACUUCACUUUAAAGCAACUAUGACUGUUACUUUAAACAAAUUCUGUAAUGUAAAUAAGAUUAUUUACUAUUUAGCUGUUAUAACUGGCAGUGCCAUACUUUAUUUAAAUAUCAAGUUAUUAUUGUAGCAAAAUCCUUGCUUAUAGAUUUGUUUUUUAAUCUCCCUUUUCAAUUCUUCUUUCUGAGGAAAAGCUCCCAGUUAUUGGUCAGCAUGCCUAUGAUUCCAACUGGCAGUCUCAGAUAGUUUUAGAUGUGAAUGGAUGGUGGGGGCGUGGGGGCUGGAUAGGAUAUUUACAUGGAGAAUGGAGAGAGAAAUGGUUAGAAUUACAAAUAGCAAAGAAUGUAGACAUUUGUACUCUUUAAGAUUUCUAUUCUAGAUUUCUAUUCUACGAGGCUGGCCCUUAAGAGAACAUGAUUCCUGUGGUCACAUCAUUACAAAUAUUAGUCUGUUAUUGAAGGUUGGGGGUGAUUGUACUGUCAGUACGACCCUUGAUUUAUUCUAAAUGAUAGCCCUUUCUAAUUCAGUAGCAGCUGGCCUCUGGACCUCUGAUAAAAGCCCACCCCAUUUUAAACAGUACUUCAGAGUUACAGUUAUGAUG